CCAGGCUGCAGAAGCGACUCUGUUGUUGUUUAAGACAGAGUGGUGGGCCCCAGUUGAGGGGCUAGUAAUCUCCUGGCUAGUACAGGAAGGAAUAUCAGCUCAUCUGAUAGCUCAGAUUAAGCUCAGGGGGCUUUAGGAGCAAACAACCUGCUUUUCAUUGUGUAGUCGGGACAAGUGAGGACCAUCAGCGCCAUGAGAGCUGUCCACUAUUGUCUGCUGCUUCUGUUUUCCCUGGUCCUGCUAGCAACCACCUGUGAGACUAUACGAUGUUAUACAUGCAUGGGCUCCAAUAACGAUGACUGCAACCGACAAGGCUCCAAAGCUUGUCCUGGCUACUCUGAUGCCUGUGCUGUAGUGGUGGGCCAUGACAGUGGCGUGAUGAAGUCAUGCUCUUACAAGUCCUUCUGCAGCCAGGCCAACAGUCAGGGCUACAGGGCACCAGGUGUCAGAGUUCACUGCUGCUACAGCAAUGACUGCAACGUAACAAGCUUCGCCAACCAGCUGCCUGGACUUACCUACUUACUGCUGUUUUCUUCCAUUUUCCCACUGCUUUUUUAAGUAGACGACUCAAUCAAGCCCGCAUGUAUCCGACUGCCAAAUAACACUGCCAAAUUCCACAUUCCAUGCCAUCCUUGUUACCAUUUCACUUUGAUUUACCUUAUUUAUCUGCUAGAUAUGACUGUGUGGAUUAUAUUCACCGUGUUCCACUGAAUCCAUUAAAAAGUACUCAAGUGAAUGUGUCUUUCAAUGGAUUUCACUAAGCCAAUAAGUAGAAGAUCCUAAGGGAAGUGCUGAAAUAACAGGCAGAGAUAUAUAUUUUUUCCUGCAUUGAAGGGGAAGAAAUAGCAUUUGAAUUUUGAAUUUCUCAUGUUACUCAUCCUGGUUCCAUGCAAACCCUAUAAUUUUUGAAAGUGCAGGAAAAAAAGAACUAGAGUAAGUUUUUACCAAUCAUCUGUCAAGAUAUUACUCCGUGCAUCUUUCAGGCUUCACAUACCGAUACAACCAUGAAUGUCAAUGUAAUGUGUCACGUACAAAUGCAGCACUAAGAGUUCACGCCACUGGUGUGUUGUUAUAUUAUUAGCCUUACCUCUCAAUCUCAUGGCUGAGCUGUGUGAAAUAUGAUGAAAGAAUGCUACUCACACACUGAAAAGCCAUAUAACCCUUUUAUACGGUGGUGGCCAGAUGUGUUGCUCUGAUGAGGUUAAUCCAUGUUAGAGAAAGGAAGUCUGGCCACACUUUAACAGUGGAUGGUGAACAGGUAGAUGCUAUAUAAUAACUAUCUGUGCUGUCAAUUGUGUCAUUGCUUUUAAUUUUAUUACCAGCUUCUUUCCAAUUUCAUUGUGAUGUACAUUAAACUGGGCUGUUGAUAUCUUUAUGUAUUUUAUUUCGAUCAUUUAUUUUAAUAUAGUUCCUGUGUCUUUCUUUCUUUUUUUUAACAUUUAAAAAAUACAAUUUAAUCCUCUUUGAAAAAGGGGAUUCUUAUCCUUUCUGUGUGGUGUAUAUACUAUGUUGUAAAUAAAUAUAUAUUCAACUACUGAAUGGUGCAAAUGUCAAAUGUAAAGAUACAUUUAUCUUGCAGUAAUUCUAUAACUACAACCAUUAAAAGAAAU